AUGUCAACACUUGUGAUACCUGGUGAUGAAAUAAGCGUUGAUCCGGAGAGACCUGUUGUCCUUGGUCCCGGCAUGUACAACGACCCUGUCAGUCAAAGGAUUAUUCCCGUGAAUGCUGGUCUUUUAAACAUAUCUGAUUCGAAAAAGGGUCAAACCAUCUAUGUUGAUUAUGACUCUAAGAGGUAUACCCCUGCAGUGGGCGAUCUUGUGGUAGGUGUUAUCACAGGUGCGUUUGCUGACAGUUAUAGAGUAUCUUUAUCAAGUUUUUCUACACCUGUUUCAUUAUCGUAUAUGGCAUUUCCCAAUGCCUCUAAGAAGAAUAGACCCACUUUAGUGAUAGGAGAUCUUGUAUAUGCUCGUGUGUGUACUGCAGAAAAAGAACUUGAAGCAGAAAUUGAAUGUGUGGAUUCUACAAAUGGGUCAGACGCAGGAUUCGGUUUAUUAGAAAAUGGUAUGGUGAUAGAUGUGACACUUGGAUUUGCACGUUCUUUGCUUUUUAAUAAUGAAUUCCCAUUGCUUCGGAAUUUAGCUCAACAUUGUAAAUUCGAAAUUGCCAUUGGUGUAAAUGGGAAAAUAUGGAUCAAGACAGAUGAAGUCAAGGAAACCAUAGCUUGUUAUAGAUCUAUCUCUGAUUGUCAAGGUCAAUCACAAGAGAAAUUCCAAGAAAUUAUAAAGAAUCAUUUCGCACAAGUAACGAAUACUGUUGAGGAAUAA